GCUGCAGAGAGGCUGGGUUCUUCACAUGCAUGACAGUGAGACUCAAACGUCGACUAGAGAACUGUCACACACGGCUCCGCGAACAUAAGUCAGUUGAGGACGGGAAGAGAAAAAUAGGAAAGCCGAUUGUUUAUAUUUUUAAAACAGUAUUGAGGCUCACUAUCCGAUCUAAUCUAUCGUCUUUGUUGUUUUAGUGAGGCAAAGUCGCAGUGCGUAAAUGAGAUAAAAAACAAACAUUUUUUUUAAGAAUCAAUAACAGGAGGGAGCGAUGCAUUUGUUCAACGUGUCCAACACACAGCUGUAGUUUUUUUUUUUUUUUUUAACGAGCGAGGAAUGCUAUCUGAGCUCGCGCAUCAAUGUUUCACUGGGGCAAGUGGAAGAAGAGGAUGGGCGCGAAUAGUUCUUCUAAGAGACCGGUCUACGAUGAAAAGGAAGAUGUAACCUUUGACCACUUCCAGAUUCUCCGGGCCAUUGGGAAGGGAAGCUUCGGAAAGGUGUGCAUUGUGCAGAAGAGGGACACAGAGAAGAUGUACGCCAUGAAGUACAUGAACAAACAGCAGUGCAUAGAGAGAGACGAGGUCCGAAACGUCUUUAGAGAGCUAGAGAUCCUACAGGAAAUUGAACAUGUUUUUUUAGUAAACCUCUGGUACUCGUUCCAGGAUGAGGAGGACAUGUUCAUGGUGGUGGAUCUGCUGCUGGGAGGGGACCUGCGCUACCACCUCCAACAGAACGUCCAUUUCAAUGAGGACGCUGUCAAACUCUACCUGUGUGAGAUGACCCUGGCACUGGACUACCUGCAGAGCCAGCACAUCAUCCACAGGGAUAUCAAACCAGACAACAUCUUGUUAGAUGAGCAAGGCCACGCCCACCUGACAGACUUCAACGUUGCUACAAUAAUCAAGGAUGGAGAGAGGGCCACGGCCUUAGCUGGAACCAAGCCCUACAUGGCCCCAGAGAUCUUCCAGUCCUUUGUGAGCGGGGGGGUGGGUUAUGCCUUUGAGGUGGAUUGGUGGUCACUCGGCGUGACGGUUUUUGAGGUGCUGCGUGGAUGGAGGCCCUAUGAGAUCCAUGCCAGUAACUCAGUGGAGUCUUUAAUGCAGCUCUUCAGUACAGUCAGUGUGCAGUACAACUCCACCUGGCCCAAGGAUCUGGUUCAUCUCAUGAGGAAGCUGCUGACGGUGAACCCAGAGCAUCGUUUCUCCAGCCUGUCUCACAUGCAGACAGCUCCCUACCUCUCUGACAUCAACUGGGACGCUGUGUACGAGAAGAAGAUAGAGGCUGGCUUUGUCCCUAACAAGGGCCGUCUGCAUUGCGACCCCACCUUUGAGCUGGAGGAGAUGAUACUAGAAUCUCGUCCCCUCCACAAGAAGAAGAAGAGGCUGGCCAAAAACAGGUCACGGGAAGCCAGCAAGGAUUCCCAGUCUGAGAACGACUACCUACAGGAGUGCCUUGAAGUCGUGCAGUCAGAGUUCAUGAUCUUCAACCGCGAGAAGUUGAAAAAGAGUCAGGAGGAGGGUGCAGAGGGAGGGGAGUGUGAAGGAGCUGCCGAGGGGGGUGAUGAUGGUGAUGGAGACGGAUCCGGAGAGGCUGAGGGAGGCACAGAGGAUGAGGAUCCCGAACCCGAACCUGAGUCCUCCUCCAAACUGAGCAUGUGCGGAUCGGUCUGCUCCUCUCCUGGAAGCUCCUAGCACCGCACCGCCACCUGGUGGUCUCACAGGCUGGUGUGUGUGUGUGUGUGUGUGUGUGUGUGUGUGUGUAACCAUGCCUAUAACCUCUCCUAUGUAGCCAUGAUGACUGUGGGAACAGGGACGCACAGCAGGACACAAAACAAUACACAGCAGGACACAAAAUGGCUCCCCUAUUUCGUCUUCUGUAGCAUCCGUCGUUAAGGCAUGAAUGGGACUGCAGGUUCCAGAGCGGUCCUGCCCUCCGCGCCCCUAGAGUAAGCGCUAACUCUCUUCUAUGCAACGUACAGUAUAGCAUGAAGGUAGGGAGGGGAUAGCAAGCAGCAGUAGCCGCAGACACAGUAUAUGAGCCUGAUGACAUACAGAGCAAUAGGAGCCAGGUUUAAGAGUGUAAGAUAUUUUUUUAGCAGAGCCUCCCUGCUCUUUCAGCCUCGACUAGAUGUAGCUCCCACUGCAAACUCACAUGCUGAAUUAUUCAAAUAGAGUUAGGCACUCUUUGUUUUCUUUGCCUGUGUAGCUCUUUCAAUCCCUCUCAUUCUCUCUGUGCACCCUAUUCGGAACUACAAUAGUACUGUUGGGUUACCUUCCCCAAAUGCCUUUCAUUUCAAUGAUAAUAUAUAAUUGUAUCACAAUGCCAAUAUACAGUGUAGUGCACAUAGAAAUAGGAUUACUAUUAUAUUAUUAUGUUCUAUGUGAUUCUAUUUCUAAGGUAGUGCAGUGGAUAGAGACUUUAAGAGGUUAAUACUGUUUCCAGUCUCAGAGAGUGAGCCUUAUUAGCAAAUAAUACUGUAUGGGCCAUUAAGGAUAAGGAGUUUUUGCAAGUGUAAAUAAAUCACUAGUUCAAUACUGUAAAACCACUUUAAAUGGUGUUGAUUGUUAAUCAAUAGCCAUUCAUCACACGUAAUUAUAUCUACAUUAUGCAUCAGCAUGCCAGUUUGAUUUUCCUACAGCGAUUACGCUCCUCCACCAAAACAUAUUCCCCUACGGUGUUAGAUUUCCAAAGGCCCUAAGUACAACUGCGGUGUAAAUGGAAGGUUUCCCUCACCAUCGAUCUCUGUGACUGUUGCCAAGAUGCUGUUCUUCUCACACUGUUCCAUUGUGGGCUACAUGCUCGUACUGCUUUAGUUCUUAUCUGUUAAACACAAACCUUGUCACUAGCAGGGGAUCAGUCGUUCUAGUCAUUCUAUUUCUAUGGAUCAGAAAUGAUCAACUUCUUUUGAAUAGCUACAAAAGAAUCCCGUAAUUGAUUAUUAUCCUUUAAUAGACAACAAUAGCUAUAACCUAGUGGAAUUUGACAAUUGUCUCGAUCAUUUCAUAUCGAAAAUUAUCAUUGGGCAGUGUUUUGAGUUGUGUAGUUGAAACUUUCACCUAGUAGAGACAGUGGUACAUUUAAGGUGGUGCCAUUUACUCUCAGCAUGGGCAUCUGGGAACAUGUAGCAUAGUCCGCCUUAAAACCCUAAGGCCUAACAAAGUAACACGUGUAAAUAGACUAGCCUAACUCUCCACAGUUUUAUGUGGGACUUCUUACUAAAUUAACGUAAAUGUUACUAAAUUAAGAGUUGUAUGAAGCCAAACCUUCAUACAUUGUUGUACUGAUCUUAUUUCCAAGUGUGCAGGCACAACUUGUAGGCACAUAUGCCAAAGCUUUUCUACCAUUUGCAUAGCCAUUUCUUAGGAACUUUGAGUGUGUGAAUGUAUGUUUCCUCUCUGUUGUGCAUAGAACCACUGUUCCUUCAGCAAGUGAAAAUACAAUCAUUUGUAUACAACCAUUUUAUUGUGAUUAUAGAUAAAUGAAUGUUUUUUGGGAGGAAUUAAAUAGUAUUUAAUUAUAUAAUAAAAAAUCAAGAUGCCUCUUAAAGGUGAGGUGGGAAAAAAGUGCAGUUUUCCUAUAAAAAUAAGCGCAUUAACUACAACGAUAGUGUCUCGAACCCUGCAUGUACCUCUAUUCAAGGUUUUAUUCUGAUUUUGUAGGAGAGCCAAAUGCUAGGGUUUUCAUGGCUUACAGUAUGUGCACAUGCAAGCUUCGGCCAUAGAGAUGGAUAGAGAUCUUUACUUGGCAAUAAUCUGUUUUUUCAUGGACAUUGCUAUUGAGGGCUUCCUCAAUUUUAAAGUAGUCAACUGGGUGGGGAUUCCUAUGCUUGG